AUGUACUUAAAACAGCUACUGCUAGGAUGGAGAUUUCUGUUUUUAAUAAGGAUUGUAGCCGAAAUAAAAUACUACCCAUCCUGCACCCUAGAUGGGCAAUAUGACCUGCCAAGUAUAAUUAGGAAGGGGGAUGUGGAACUUGGAGGAAUAUUUUCUAUGCAUAAUAUGGAUGUUCCUCUAGACCUAUCUUUCAGAAAACAUCCAGGUACAUUUAAAUGUGUUGGUUUUAAUUUAAGAAGUUUCCAGUUUGUACAGUCAAUGAGGUUUGCCAUUGAGGAAAUAAACAAGAACAUAAAAUUGCUACCUAACCUGACCCUGGGGUACAGAAUCUAUGAUGGAUGCAUUACUCAUUAUCAAGCAAUACGAGCUGCACUGUCCUUGAUUACCGGAGUUGGACAUAAUACUGACAAUUGUACCCACCUGCCAUUAACACCAGUAAUCAUUGGAGGUUCAAAGUCUACCCAAUCUAUUAUCAUUGCAAAGAUCGUAGAGGUUUUCAACAUGCCAAUGAUAAGCUACUUCUCAACUUGUGCAUGUUUAAGCAACAAGUACGAGUAUCCAACAUUUCUUCGCACCAUCCCCAGUGAUUUGUUCCAGUCUCAAGCUUUAGCACAGCUAGUUAAACAUUUUAACUGGUCAUGGAUUGGUGUAAUAACUGAAAAUAAUGACUAUGGCUCACAUGCUGUUAGACUGUUUAAAGCCGAGGCUGAAGCGUUGGGAAUAUGUGUGAGCUUUACUGAAAUUGUACCUACGAUUAUUUAUCCAGGAACAAUUUCACAAAUUGUAAAAAGUAUCUCCAUACACAAAGCAAAAGUUGUUUUAAUGGUCAUGAGUGAAAAUGUUGCAGCCCUGAUAUUUAAAGAAGUACUUUCUCAAAAUGUAACUGGAAUUCAAUGGAUUGCAAGUGAGUCUUGGGCUACCACAGAAAUGUUUUUUAAUGAAGAAUCAUACCCAUAUUUUGGUGGCACAAUAGGAUUUGCUAUUCAAAAAGCAGAAAUACCAGGCCUGAAACAAUUCCUUCUUCAAAUUCAUCCAUCACAGCAAACACACAACCCCUUCAUAACUGAGAUGUGGGAAGAUGUUUUUAAAUGUUCUCUGAAAAGUGACAACAAUCUAUCUGAUGUGAGCAAAUCACCAUGCACCGGCACUGAAGAUUUACACAAAAGUGACAGCAUUUAUCUGAAUAUGAAUAAUCUACGGAUAUCGUACAGUGUUUAUAAAGCAGUUUAUGCAGUUGCUCAUGCAUUGCAUGAUAUGCAUAACUAUUUAUUAAAUAAAACCUCAAGCACGCCGUUCAGGUUGGAUCUUUGGAAGUUGUUUCAAUUUCUGAAAAAUGUAAACUUCACAAUGGGUGCUGGCGACAAAGUGAACUUUGACCAAAAUGGAGAUCCAUAUCCAUCUUAUGACCUUGUGAAUUGGCAAAAAUCAAAUAAUGGAGCCUUUAUUUUUGCUCAUGUGGGAACAUUCAACAAAGAUGAGAAGUUUAUGGUAGAUGAAGAUAAAAUUGUAUGGCAAGGAAGUCAAAAAAUGAUUCCAAUCGCCGAGUGCAGUGAAAGCUGCCCCCUUGGAAGUAGGAAGGCAGUCAAACCAGGACAACCAUUCUGCUGCUUUGAUUGUGUUCCUUGUGACCCUGGCAAGAUCAGUAAUCAGUCAAAUUCUUUGGAAUGUAUAAUAUGCCCCCUUGAAUUCUGGUCAAAUAAACUGAGAGACAAGUGUGUGCCAAAAGAACUGGAAUAUAUUUCUUUUAAAGAACCACUGGGAUCACUGUUAUCCACUGGGGCAUUACUUGGCCUUUUUCUAACAGCAUGUGUUACCACUAUUUUCGUCUAUCACCGAUAUACUCCGCUUGUUAGAGCAAACAACACUGACCUCAGCUUCUGUAUACUGCUGUCUAUUGGACUGUGUUUUCUUUCAUCAAUCACAUUUUUGGGACAACCAACAGAAUUCUCCUGUAUUCUCCGUCACACUGGAUUUGGUAUCACUUUUGCACUUUGCAUAUCAUGUAUCUUAGGUAAAACCAUUGUAGUACUUGUAGCAUUUAAUGUACAGCACCCUGAUAGCAAAGUGCAGUUAUUUUUUAGCCCUGCAAAACAAAAAAUACUUAUUUGCCUUUCCACUAUAUUUCAGUUUGUUGUCUGUACUGUAUGGAACAUCAUAUCACCACCACGACCUGUAAAGAGAAUUACUUAUGAUACCCCUACCAUUAUUUUAGCAUGUGAUACUGGCUCAUACAUGGCUUUCUCCCUUGUCCUUGGGUAUAUUGGGAUCCUAGUGGGCGUAUGUUUCACGUUUGCUUUCUGUGCUAGGAACCUGCCAUAUCAAUACAACGAGGCCAAAUUCAUUACCUUCAGCAUGGUGAUUUUUUCUGCUGUAUGGAUAACUUUUAUUCCUUCCUAUUUGAGUUCCCCAGGGAAAUAUUUGGAAGCUGUUGAGAUGUUUGCAAUACUAUGUUCAAGCUUUGGACUUCUUAUAUGCAUAUUUGCUCCAAAAUGCUAUAUUAUGUUGCUGAAACCAGAGAAAAAUAAUAGGAAAUACAUGAGAAGCAGAUCAAGCUCUUGA